AUGGGAUUCACCCUUCGGCGAACAAACGGCAACGACCUCACAGAGCUUCUACAGAUUCACUCCGCCGCGUUCAAGACAGACCAAUUCUUGAACUUCAUGCUUCAUGGCAAACCAGAAGGCACACGUGAGAGUCUCAUGGAGCGGUCAAUCAAGGCCUGGCUUGAUGAUCCGACAUCUUCAAUGGUCACAGCAGUUAGAGACGAUGGUGUGAUCGUUGGAUGGGCAUGCUGGCUGAGAAAGGAAAACGAGAAGCCGGAGAGUGCCACAUCGAUUAAUAUGGCAGACACCAAUGCGAAAGAGGCACCAACGUCUAUGAAGGGCGCGGAGAACAGUGCUCCGUAUGCAAGGUCAAUCACAAAGUCGGUACCAUCACCGGCUUCACAGGAUGAUGCACCAGACACACCGACUCGAGUCGUCGGUCGCCAGAUGCGUAGUGACUCGAUGAAAUGGGAAGCACACUUUAUGCAGGGAGCAAGAUACCUGAUUCUCCAAGCUCUUGCGGUUAGUCCCAACGAUCAAUGCCAGGGCAUAGGGUCUCAACUUGUAAAGUGGGGCGUGGAAAGAGCCGAUGAAGAGAGAAUUGCAUGCUGGUGUCAUGCAUCGCCAGCUGGUAACCAGCUGUAUCUGAAGAGUGGGUUUCAAGAGCUCGGGAGUGACAAAUACGAUCUAGGGGAGUUUGGGAAAUAUGUAUUUCGGUACAUGGUAUAUGGGGAACAAUGA